CGGCGGCGGCGGCCGGGACGAGGCGGCGGCGGCGGCGGCGGCGGCGGCGCGGGCCGCUCGGGCUGAUGGCGGCGGCGGCCGGGCCCGGGACGGCGCUGUCCCCGCGCCCGUGCGACAGCGACCCCGCCACCCCCGGAGCGCCGUCCCCGAAGGAUGAUAAUGAAGAUAAUUCAAAUGAUGGGACCCAACCAUCCAAGAGGAGGCGAAUGGGCUCAGGCGAUAGCUCUAGGAGUUGUGAAACUUCAAGUCAAGAUCUUGGCUUUAGCUACUAUCCAGCAGAAAAUUUGAUAGAGUACAAAUGGCCACCUGAUGAAACAGGAGAAUACUAUAUGCUUCAAGAACAAGUCAGUGAAUAUUUGGGUGUGACCUCCUUUAAACGGAAAUAUCCAGAUUUAGAGCGACGAGAUUUGUCUCAUAAGGAGAAACUCUAUCUGAGAGAACUAAAUGUCAUCACUGAGACUCAGUGCACUCUAGGUUUAACAGCAUUGCGCAGUGAUGAAGUGAUUGAUUUAAUGAUAAAAGAAUAUCCAGCCAAACAUGCUGAAUAUUCUGUUAUUCUACAAGAAAAAGAACGUCAGCGAAUUACAGAUCAUUAUAAAGAGUAUUCUCAAAUGCAGCAGCAGAAUACUCAGAAAGUUGAAGCCAGCAAAGUGCCUGAGUACAUUAAGAAAGCGGCCAAAAAAGCAGCUGAAUUUAAUAGCAACUUAAACCGGGAACGUAUGGAAGAGAGAAGAGCUUAUUUUGAUCUACAGACACAUGUUAUCCAGGUGCCUCAAGGGAAGUACAAAGUUUUGCCAACAGAGCGAACCAAGGUCAGUUCUUACCCAGUGGCCCUCAUCCCCGGACAGUUCCAGGAAUAUUAUAAAAGGUACUCUCCAGAUGAGCUGCGAUACCUGCCGUUAAACACUGCGCUUUAUGAGCCCCCCCUGGACCCUGAGCUCCCAGCUCUAGACAGUGAUGGUGAUUCAGAUGAUGCGGAGGAUGGUCGAAGUGACGAGAAACGGAAGAAUAAAGGCACUUCGGACAGCUCCUCUGGCAAUGUAUCUGAGGGGGAAGCUCUUCCCGACAGCCAGGAGGAGCCUUUCCAGGGAAGACAGAGAACCAAGGACAGAACUGCUACUCCGAGAAAAGAUGCUUCCAAACGUUCUGUACUGUCCAAAUCAGUGCCUGGGUACAAGUGAUUAGAAGUGGACCUGGCUGACGUACUCAGACGUAGGGUUCUGUCCUGUUAACCUUCGGGGAGUUCUACGCAGUUUCCUUUCUCCUCCAUCAACUCAUUAGUACCCAGAAGAGACUAGUUUCCCAACCAGCUGCUGGUGUUGUAUGGUGCAUCGGCAGCUGGCUGUGAACGGUGUCUUCCUAGAGGCCUCUCUGUGCAUGAACAGUGGGGUUUUUGGAGCUACCACAUCACCAUACAAAAACGCUAUGAAGCUCUGUCUUUUUCUCUCUCUUCUCCAAUCCUCUCUCUUCCUUUUUUUCAUGGAGACGAAGACUGUUGGGUAAGAAAAAUUUUAUGUGGUUUAACAAAACACUAUUUUAAAGCUUAGAAGUAAACCUAGAAUUUUCUUGGUGGCCCUCUUAUCGUAGGUGCUUAAUGUAUAAUCUAAUGAUUGUAGAACUUGAAUUGCUCUAGAAUGUGAAUGAUUAGCUUUGUAUUUUAUUCUAUUUGACUUUUGUAAAGGGUCUCUUAUGAGUUCUCUUUAGAACUGAACAUUGUGUGGUUACUUUCCUUGAUUAUAGUGAGAGAUUAGAGUGCUUAGUAUGCCAGUAUCUAAACUGCAAGUGCUAAAUAAAUAUAUCUUUUACACUUCGCACAAGUACCGCAACUGAAAGAUUUCUUAGUUUGGUGAAUUGAGAGGUAACUUCCUGCUGUAUAUUAUGGCAGUGAUAGAUUUGAUCAUAACUGAACCAGAAUUUGGGUCAUAGAAGUGCACUUCCUAGCUAUUUUUAUUUAGGUAAUAUUUAUAUUUAUUUAGGAAAUAGAAUGAGAACCUAAUGCUUAGACUAUAGCAACAACAGGGUAACUACACUGCGAGACUUAAACGUUUGAGCAUGUGACACUAUCCUUUUGUUGGGGGAGCAGGGUAUCAAGGUCUAAAUACAGGAGAUGUAGAAUAGCCAAUGGUCAAGCUUUAUAUGUAUGUUUUAACUUCCAUGAUAUUUAUUUUGUAGAGAUAUUUGUGAUUGUUUAGUUAUUGUUUUUAUUAUAUUUAUGUAUAAGGUUGACUUUUUAAAUAAAUAAGCCAAAAAUUA